AUGGGAGCGAUUGGGUGGAGUAAUGACGACAGGGCCAUGGCGGCUACUGUUCUAGGCGCAAAAGCCUUUGAUUACCUAAUGUCGAGCUCGGUCUCGGCGGAGUGCUCCCUCAUGGGCAUGGGCGACGACGAGAAUCUCCAGAACAAGCUAUCCGAUCUGGUCGAGCACCCAAACCCCUCCAAAUUCAGCUGGAACUAUGCCAUCUUCUGGCAGCUCUCAAAGUCCAAAUCUGGAGACCUCGUCCUUGGUUGGGGAGAUGGGUGCUGCCGCGAGCCCCGGGAGGAUGAGGAGUCGGAACACACCCGAGCCAGGCUUGAGGAUGAGGCCCAGCAAAGGAUGAGGAAGAGGGUCCUGCAGAAACUCCACACCCUCUUUGGUGGCUCGGAUGAGGACAGCUACGCCUUCGGCCUGGAUCGGGUUACGGACACCGAGAUGUUCUUUCUUGCGUCCAUGUAUUUCUCAUUUCCCCAUGGGGAGGGCGGGCCCGGAGCCUGUUUUGGGUCCGGCCGCCACGUCUGGCUAAACGAUUCUCUGAGGUCGCCAGCCGAUUAUUGUGUCAGGUCUUUCCUUGCAAAAAUGGCCGGCAUGCAGACCAUUGUUUUAGUCCCGACCGAUGUAGGCGUUGUCGAAUUGGGGUCCGUCAGGCGCGUUCCAGAGAGUGUGGAGCUCUUGAAGGCGAUUGGGUCUACCUUUUCAUCGUCCAAAAAGGCCGCCGCAGUUGCCGCCAUAAACGACGAGAGUGAUCCGGAAAACAAGGUAAGCACACAGAUUCCCAGUAAGAUUUUUGGGCAGGACUUGAAUUCGGGCAGCGGGGGGCACUUUCGGGAGAAGGGCUUCUCGUGGGGUGCAGGAGCAAAUGGGAACAGGCCACCGUUUCUAAAUGCUCGGAAAGGUUUCCACUGGGCACCACAGCCGACUCCAAUUCAGGUAAAAAAUCCUACCAAUAUGGAAAAGGAUUUCAUGAUGGGCAGCUUCCAGAAGCCGGCGGCAGCCCACAGGAUGCAGAUCGACUUCAGCGCAAAUGCUUCGAGGCCUCACACCCCACACAGCGUGGAGUCGGAGCACUCAGACGUGGAGGCCCCGUGCAGGGUUGAGGCCACCGGGCACUCAGAGGACAAGCGACCCAGGAAGCGCGGCCGGAAGCCCGCCAACGGGCGGGAGGAGCCCCUCAACCAUGUUGAAGCCGAGAGGCAGCGGCGUGAGAAGCUGAACCAGAGGUUCUACGCGCUUCGGGCAGUUGUACCCAACAUCUCAAAAAUGGACAAGGCCUCCCUGCUUGGGGAUGCCAUAGCCUACAUAACCGAGCUCCAGAAGAAACUAAAGGACAUGGAGGGCGAGAGGGAUGGACACGCAGAGCCCAGUGACUCAAACUGUGUACCCGAGAGCGCGAGGAUUGAUAUCGAGGGGAACUAUGAUGAGGUGACUGUGAGGGUCAGUUGUCCAUUGAGUACCCACCCGGCCUCGGGGCUGAUACAGGCGAUAAAAGAAGCGCAAGGGACAAUCACCGAGGCAAGAAUGGCGACCGGGAGUGAGAAAGUGUUCCACACAUUUGUGGUGAAGUCAUUGGGGUCUGAGAGGCUGACUAAGGAGAAGCUGACUCAGGCAUUGUCGAUUGGGUGCAACUCCUCGUCGUAG